UGGCCGUGAAUCGAGCAGUCUUCCACGGUCGUUCCCGAGCUUGCUCCCGAUCCGCGGGGGCGCGCGUUCUCCUCCUGAGAGAGGAUCGCGCGACCGCUCUCGAGCCCUCCACUCGAGACGCUCUCUCAGAACACAGCGUGCGUGUCUCUCGGUAAGCCGCGCUAUACACCUGUAUAAUCGUGAUACAUACGUCAAGUAGUAAAAUGACUGCGAAAGGGAUUGACGUGGCGUGGGACACGUGCCGUUUAAAGAUCCAAUAAUUUUAACAAGGUGGUCCUCUGUCGUUUAUUCCGUUAUUAUCCACGAAAGAAAAAAGUGCGACAAGGAAAUCGUGGCGAACCUAACAAUUUCAACAGUACGAUCUUUACCGUCGGAUCGCGCGUACUUCGCAUUCAAAAAGAAACGAGUGAAACGCACGGGGAAGAUUCUCUUUUAUAAGCGACAAUAAUCGCAAAUACGGAGUGACAGCGUUCGCAGCAUCCGCUCUGUCUGCGACGGGCCGUUAAUUGACUCGGCGAGGCGCGAGCGAUAGUUUAAUAGCCGCGCGUUCGCGCGCGAACAGAGAGGCUACUACCUACCGGUGAGAAGGGGGUGCGAAGGGAGAAGAGCGGGGUCCACACAGGAGAAGAGAGCAUCCACGGCGAGGGAUGACGACGCGAGUCUACGUGGGGUGCCGAGAAGCGGAUGGUGGGGCUGGAUGGUUGAGCAAAGCGGCAACGGACGACGCGAGUUAUGGUGGCGAACGACGCCGGUGGAUGGUGGGGCUGAAAAGCGGCGCGGCCAGUUACGCUCGUACGGGAUAAGCCCGUCGUGCACCUGCGAUCGAGUCGGGAGGGCGCGGAAAGUAGAUUCGACGAGGAUACCGGAACGGUCGCACCGGAGAACCGGAAGAGGAAUUCGCCGCUCCGGGAACGAUGACACCGCUCAUCUUGGCGAGACACCAUCACGUCGAGAAAUCAGCAAACGCGAGUACGGGGAUACGAGUGGCCGAGGCGAGUGAUAUCUCUCUCCGUGACGGACGGAGGGAACUCGAUUAACGAACUGAUCUCUCCUUCGGAGCGAGUUCCUGCGAGCCACUUCCGAAAGAAACCGGGAGAGAGAGAGAUCGUUUUAUGCGCGCGACAGAGCGGAGAGCGCCUUAAACGAAAAGUUUCGGAAAGUCUCACGUGUAAUUGAGAGGGAUCCGUGUUCAUCCCUCAUAAAUGUUUGCUCGUGAAACUCAAACUGGGAUGCUGAUGCCGCCUUCGCCGUGCCGAGCCGUCGAAGACCCUCGCGACGGAGAACCGGAUCCGACGAGGAUAAGUUUCCUCGUGGAUGGAGAUUACGCCGGCUGAAUGGAGAGUCUUCUCGUCGCGAAAGGGCUGCUCGCUGCUCCCGGGACGCAUGACUGUUGUUCGACGGUGGAAAAUUUUCGCUGGUCACGAACGCGAGGAUACGUGAUACCGACGUUGGGAGCGUAGAGCGGUCGCGCCAGCAAUUACGUUUUCGUCGUUGACGAUUGAAAAACAUGACGGGGAAUGGUCGCGUAACCGGAUCGUGAACAACCGCCGGCGUGGAUAGAGUGAUAUCGAAGAUGAGUUCUCUACGACGGACGAUCAAUCAGUCGGCUAGGGAAGGCACGUCCAUGCGAAGACACGCGCUCUCCGGGCCCACCACGAAGAGCAUGAAGAACGUCACUCAUACGAACGCGGUGCCCGCUUCGCCGAUGCGAUACAGGACCAAGUACGAGCUGCGAAGCAUCAGUUUGGAGGGCAACAAGGUGCUACCAUGGACUACAAGAUCCACCACGGACGCGAUAGCGAGGCGAGGCGUUCUGUCGAGACGAUGUUACGGCAGUGUCGAAAUGCUGCCGCAGAUCGAACAGGACGGCGCCGACAAUGGCAGAAGAUUUCGAGUGGAGAACGGAGACUCUCCCGGGGAAAAGGAAGAGAUGUUUGGCUCGCCGAGUACGCCGAUAUUAGAAAAUCCGGAGUACCAAACGCGUUGGUACUUUAAGUACUUCUUGGGCAAACUGCAUCAAAAUUAUAUCGCUUCUGAUCAGGAGAGAAAUCCUCUCUUCCUCUCGGUAGUCACGAGCGAAGUCGGUGAUCAAUGCGUACCACACUACAGAGUUAUUCUAUGGAGGCGAACUGGCGCGCAGAAAAUAUCAUUGCCGUAUUCGGCGAACAAAACCAUGACUAUCAGACAAAUUCUCAGCAAUUUCUUCAGUCUGGAGAAACUCGACAAGGCGCCGCGAGAAGUCUUCACGCCCGAGCUGCAAAAGGAUCUAUUACUGCUGGAGGAACAGGAAGGCUCGGUGAACUUCAAGUUUGGCGUAAUCUACGCGAGGGAGGGACAGACCACCGACGACGAGAUGUUGUCUAACGAGAGAGGUAGCCCGGGCUUCGAGAGCUUCCUGGAGAUCCUAGGUGAGAGGAUACGGCUCAAAGGUUGGGACAAAUAUAGGGGCGGCUUGGAUGUGAAAGGGGAUAUGACGGGCAAGGAAAGUUAUUACACGGUUUAUGCAGGUCACGAAGUUAUGUAUCACGUUAGCACGAUGCUACCGUAUUCGAAGGACAAUCCGCAGCAGCUCGAAAGGAAAAGACACAUUGGCAACGAUAUCGUUAACAUCAUUUACACGGACGAUCCAUCAGCCGUGGAUACUUUCAAUCCGAACUGCAUAAGAAGCCAGUUUACCCACGUGUUCGCCGUGGUGACGACCGAGGCAAACGGUAAGGGUUGGCGGGUCGCUAUUUAUUGCGACGAGAACGUACCCCUGUUCGGUCCGAGCCUUCCGUGCCCGCCGGUUUUCGAGGACCCGUAUAAUCUCCGGGAAUUUCUCCUUGUUAAGUUGAUCAAUGGCGAGAAAGCUACAUUUGACACGCCGACAUUCUCCAGGAAAAGGGAAAGAACUCUCGACGCCCUGUUGCGAGACAUGUAUCAAGAGCAUUCGCAAGACAGCAAGAGCAACAGCAUGCUAAAUCGCCGAGCACUCUCGGACGUCGUGGAGGCACCGGGUCGACGGCGCGAAGAGACGCGCGCCGUCGAGAUGGUGCGAGUCGGACAAGCCUUAAAAUUGGAAGCUAUCAUGCGUGGCCUCGCACCCACCUCUCUCGCCACCGUCGGCCCUUUGAAGCCCAGACCAUGGGAACCGAGAUGCAUCUACCCCGACUUUCCCCACGAGGUCGUCUGCGGCGAUGUCUGGCUGGAAAACAGGCUGAUCCUCGCUUCGGAGAACGGGACGUUUCUCAUCGAAGACGGGGUUUCGCACAGAUUGCUCUUCGACGAGUCGGUGCAGAUCAAGCAGCUCGACGUGGUCGAGCAGCACGGCAUACUCCUGUUUCGCGCCGGCGACAAAGGCAAGGAGAGCAGCGUCUACGUUUUCCGGCUGCGAGAGUUCGAGAGCGACCCGUCCGUGAGAUGCGCCGAGCUGUUCAACGAUCGCGAGAACGACGACCGGGAGAAGGAGGAGGAGGACGACGACGAGGACGCCGAGGACAAUGACGAUGACGAUUGCGACGAGGACGACGCCGACGAGUGCGAUAAUUUCACACGUGCCACCGCCAGGUUUCAGUCGGUGGGACGUCCGCGAGCGCGGUUGCGCGUUCGCGCCCCGGCCGUUCGGAGCCGAGCGCAUAUCAAGGAGAGGAAGCUGCGGCGUACGCGGGGAUGUAACUUGUACAGCAUCACGAGACCCGGGGGAUCGCAUUUGCGCAUGUGCGUGGUCGUCGGUCGCAAACUCACGAUCCUUCAGUGGAAGCACAACGCAGCCUGGACCAUCUGGUGCUCGUCCGCCGACACCGACACCAUCGACGGUUUUCUACUACUGAAGGAAUUCACCGCGAGCGAGACACCCUCGUUAGUGACGAUGAUCGAGAGCGUCGAUCCGGCGAACGAGUGGACGCUCUGCUGCGGCGCCCGUCAUCACUUCGAAUUGAUCUCGGCUACCGGCUCUUCGAAGAUAAUCCACAUAGAAGCGACGCCUAAGUCACACUUGGUGGCGGCGUUGGAUCUUCGCGAGGACGAGGAGCCGGAAUUAUUACUUUGUUACAACAAUACAUGUCACUUUCAAAAGCUGGUAGAAGAGAACGCUGCGCCAACCGAAUUCGAUUUUAAUUGGAAUUCGAUGCCGACAGCCGUAGCCUGUGCCUUUCCAUACGUGAUCGCCUUCACUAAUGACACGAUGGAGAUUCGAUUGAUAAUAAACGGCAACCUGGUACACACGAUCUCCAUGCCCAAUCUCAACCUGAUCACCUCGAAGCGGGACAUCUUCUUCGCGACCACGGCGCCGGAAUUUCUUCCAGGCAAAUGCGAGCGAAUCCGCUUGGACUCGAAGCCCCUCGAGAAGGAGGAAAUGCCUUCCAGCCCACCGCAGUCUUCGUCCUCUUCUCGAUCGAGCGUCCAAAACAGUCAAGGCGACUGGAAGCCGAUAAGGAUCUAUCGGAUACCGCUGCAGACGCUGUCGAGAAGCACAACGUCCAACUGCAGUCAGAGACGAUGUCCGAGCCCAGUGGAGCCGGAAAUCGUCUCCGCGCCACCGACCUCCGACAGGACCUUCCUGAGCGUCGAACCUCAACGUACGCAGAGCAGAUCCUGCAGCAGCAGUCCUACACCCACACCGACCACGAAUUUGCCGUCGCCAUGUAAAAAAUAGACGCCGUAGUUGUUCUAGGUGCUCGCCGAUCGAUUGCAUUAAUUGCGAUCUUAACAGGAUCGGUCACGUAAAAGGAAAAAAAAGAAAAAAAAAAGAAAUAAUAAGAAACCGACCGCACGUACCUGAUUUCUCGUCCCCGUACGAGAGAACAUAUGGAAAUUUUUGUCAUUGUUAUGCUAUUAGCGCGUGCGUCGCGCUGCAUGUAUAUCUUGAAUGCAAGCGCGACCGCGCGUAUGAGUUAUUGUUUAGAUAGAGAUUUUGACAAGGACACAUGUCUUAAUUACAGAGGGGCAUAAUUAUCAUUUUUCUUCGCGUUUUUCUCUCGCUGUUCUACUAUUGUUAUUUUAAUUAACGCUCUGUCGCAGCAUUUGCAUGUUAUUUUCUCCUUGUUCUAUAUUUUAAUACACAUAAAAAAACCUUUAGAAUCCAGAUUAAAAAAAAAGACAAUCGCGGAUAAUAAAUCACGUUCUACGAUGAUCCUCUUAUUCUCUUAUAUUUCUCUUUUAAUUUUCUUUUUUUUUACGUAUAUGCAUGUAUGUAUAGUACAAUGCAAAAUAAGCAUUGAUUUCAUGGCAAUAUCCCGCAGGAUACCUCUGUAUUACCUAAAUUAAAUCGAUUUCAUUUCGCGUCGUCCGUAAUUAAAGACUCGGUGGCGUCUUGGCGUGAUAACGACGAUACUUUAGACACACCGUUUUACUUCUGGAUUUUUUCUAAGUGACAUUGUGCAUUGUAGCUUCUCAUUGUUUCGAAACCGGUCUUAAAUAAUAGGAUUCAGGCUUAGUGACCGUAACGGUCGACGGCCGAAAAUAUUUCUAACUCCGACAGUCGACCUGAGUGUGAAUCAAAUUUAACACGCACUUAAUACGUACGGAAAAAAAGGGCAUUUUUCGGAUGUGCGUUGGCCCGAUGAAUCACGCGUUUCUCCGAAUGUAAGAGAAGAGACACGCGGAGAAUGCUGUCGGAGAGGAUGAUUGUGCAUGGUCGAUCGAUCCCCCCGAUGAUUAAGACCGUCGGGCUACGCCGCGCGCAUCCGGACUUAUUUUUAUUUAAAUAAAAGGUAUAACAUUAUUUCCGACAUGAGUGUCGAUGUUUACGCGUCAUGUGUAUAUAAUAUAAAGUAUCGAAUAAAGUAUAUGUUACCGUUGCAUUUCCACCGAAAAAAAAAAAAA